AACUCAAAUAAUAAACGAAGUUUAAUUUAUUUGUGGAUAAGAAUACCUAGACGAGUUGCCUAUUUUGCAUGGAGCAUUAUAUAUAAAGACGAGCGUUAACACAUUAUCCCACCGACAUCCAAGUCUUCUACAUACUUAUCAGAAAAAAAUUAAUUAGACAAUUGCAACGACUAAGAGCAAUGGGUUCUCUAAUGUCAGGAUGGGACUCUCCACCAGCGGAUCCUAAUUCAGUGAAAAGGUGCAAGUCACUAACAAGAGAAGACAUCGACGCUUUCUGGAAAGAAAAGAAGAAAAAUGAAGAAGAACAUGUUCAAGCCAUUUCCAAGUUGGUAGUUCAGGAGGUUGCGGAAAGUCAAGCGCAAGAGGAGAAGAUAGAAGACGAUCCUUAUGAAAACCAAAGCAAGAAAAGUGGAUGGUGGCAAAGAAGCACCUGGGCGUUCUUGAAUGAGCCGAGGGAAGAAGAGGGUCGGCCGAACAAGUACGUGUCGCAGUUCAAAGUGGCUCACAUCGCCAAAAGCGUGGGCCAGUAAUGAUACUAUUAUGUAAUCACUGGCUAAUCACAUGCAUGUCUACCUGUGUGUGUGUGUGAAUUGUGAUUAGUCGUCCUUUCUGGUGGUUUAAUCACCGGCUAAUCAUAUAAGUCAUAUGUAUAAUAUGGCGGUUUAAUUUAAUGUGUUAGCAGUAUUAGUAUUUCUGUAUUUGAAUGUGAGUAUAGAACAUGCAUGUAACAAAUUAAGGAAUUUGAGGGUGUGUAAUCUAA